ACUGGUUCUCACUGGGAGGUCACUGGGUGUUACUGGGAGGUCACUGGUGCUCACUGGGCCUCCCCAGGUCACAACGCCGACGACGUGGCUGAGACGGUUCUGAUGAACUUCCUGCGCGGGGACGUGGCCCGGCUGCGGCGCGCGGCCAACGAGGCCACUGGGGCCACCAACGAGGCCACCGUGGCCACCAGCAAGGUCUCCAGGGCCACCAAUGACACUACUGAGAUCAAUGAUGCCACCGCGGCCACCAACGAGGCCACCGGGGCCAAUGAGGCCAACGCGGCCACCAGCAAGGCCACUGGGGCCAAUGAGGCCACCGGGGCCACCAAAAAGGAACCCAACAGAAACCCAACAAAAUUCGACAGAAACCCAAUGGAACCCAACAACAACUCAUCAGAGCUCAAGGGAGACCCAAGGAAACCCAACAGAAACCCAACGAAAUUCAACAGGAACCCAAGGAAAGCCACCAAGAUGCCCCCGCACCCCAGCGCCGCCCCCCCAGUGGUGCCGCGGCUGAAGCCGCUGCGUCACGCGGCGCAGCGGGAGAUCGUGCUCUACGCCCACUUCCUGGGGCUCUCCUACGCCAGCUCCGAGUGCCACCACGCGCCCUUGGCCUUCCGGGGCCACCCCCGCGCCCUCCUCAAGGACCUGGAGGCCGCCCGGCCGGCGGCCGUGGCCGCGCUGGCCCACUCGGGACGCCGGCUGGCCCUGGGGGCGGCGCCAGGCGCGGGGGAGCCGCCGGGGGCUUGCGAGCGCUGCGGGUCGGUGGCCAGCGGUGAGUUGUGCAUGGCUUGUGCCCUCCUGGCCGCCCUGGACAAGGGGAGGCCCCGGUUGGCGUUGGGCAAGCGCGGGGUCAGGGUGGCUGCUGGGGCGGGUGGGCCAUGGGAGGGCGAGGGGGGAGAGCGGGGUGACCACUGGGAUGGGCGUGGUGGCCACGGGGUUGGGGGGCCUGGAGAUGGGAGUGGUGGCCACCGGGAGGGGGGUGGUGGCCACGGGAUUGAGGGGUCUGGAAAUGGUGGUGGUGGCCACCAGGAGGGGGGGGGUGGCCAGGGGGACAGUUCUGGUGGCCACGGGGGCUGUGGCUGCAGGGGUGGUGGCCCAGGGGCUGUUGGUCAAGCUGGUGGCCAUGGAGGCAAUUCUGGUGGUUACAGGGGCUGUUGUGGUGACGAUGGGGGCUGUGGCUGCAGGGGUGGUGGCCUCGGGGCUGAUGGUCAAGCUGGUGGCCACGGGGGCAGCUCUGGUGGCCAUGGGGGCUGUGGCCACGGGGCAGCUUUUGGUGGCCACGGGGAUGGUUCUGGUGGCCCCCCGGGCCGGGAGGUGCAGGUCGAGGUGGUCUCGCGGGGGGGUCGCUCCGAGCGGCGCCACCUGAGGGGCUUCGGGCAUGUCCGGGGGGGCCUCGACAUCUGGGACUUCUGAGGGGAAUCCUGGGGGCAGUU